AUGAAUCUGAAGCAAAUUAACAUCAUUCCUUCACAACCGUUUACAAAUCUUCUCACUUCGGAUGAAUUACUUCAGAUUAACUCAAAUGUAUUGACAAUUAUUGAUGUUCACACAGGUUUUGUCAAGUAUAAAAAUUUCCUUCAGUCAGCACCAACGGGAUGUUACUUUAAUCAAGAGCUAACAACAAAAAUCGCUCUUACAUUUAAGAAUAAGGUCACACAAAUCGAGUCUCUCACUGUUAUUGACCCGUAUACAGGCGAAAAAUUCCGUGAGAUUGUUUUACACCAGAAAGACGGAUUUAAUCUUGUUCCUGUCGGCACAAAUGUUUUCUUCACAUUGAAAUCAAACCCAAAUAUCGUCUAUUUCAUGCCAUUUUCCGAAGGUCAGAUUGCUCAGCUCGAUUAUCAAAGCCCAGUCACUGCAGUCGUCGGCCAUCCUACAGAAAAUAAAUUCCUCGUAUCUGUUGCAGUCAAAUUACUAUGCGUUUCCUGCAAAGAUGGAUCAAAAGAAUGGGAAAGCCAUCUUUCAGGCUUUGCAUUCAUCAAAUACGUCGGCAGCCAUAUCGCCAUUGGCUUCUUGAACGGAGAAAUCCACAUUAUGAACGAAAAUGGCAUAGCUAUCGUUAAAAACAUCCAGACCCCACAUAAUACAGCUCCUGUUGAUAUUUCCGAGCUCGUUGCUGUUUCCUCAGACGGAUUCGUCUUUUCUACUGAUAAUAAUAAGACUCAGUGUUCCGUUUUAACAGCAUCUGCGAUCUUUUCACGCGGAUGCACAGUUGUAGUUGUCGGACAACAGGAUACAUAUAUCUACGAAGUUUCCCACCCACCGCUUGCAUUUUCUCACGAUUUACAACCAGGAAUGCCUUUCCACAAAGAAACGACAGCAAUCGACAGCAACAUGUAUUUCGCAUCCCAAGGAACACUAUUCUGCUUUAACUCGUCCGGAAAUGACAUUACGAAGUACACAACCUUACAAUCAGGAAAUGUCGAGAAAGUAUCACAUACACCAUCAAUCGUCGCUGUUAGAUACAAAACUGGUGAUGCGGAGCACCCAGAAAGAAAGAUUAUGGUCUUCGUAACCGGUACAUUACAAAGAGAUGAAGCAGGAAUCGAUUGCUGUGCAGCGAGGAACGGAUUCAUGUACAUAUUAUCAUCCAAAGCUAUUACAGUAUUCAAGAAGGUCGGAAUCAGCCUCAAACAAGCCGAAGAACAUGAAAUCCCAGAAAAUCACGGUUACGAUACUAUGUUUUGUGCAAACGACGAUGUCUGUUUGUACAAAUCAGAGACCGGUGAAGCUGCUGUCUGGAGAAAGGACCAUCUUGUCGAAUUUAAUUUGCCAAAGGAGGCAAAGAUCAUCAGAUGGCCAGCAAUAUGCACCAGCGAUGAGUUAUUCAUCUGCAAGAGCACAGGACCAAUCGAAAUGCUCUCUCCAGGCGAUUUUUGUAGAUUUGAUAUUGUUAUUUCAUCAAUGGUUUGGUUUGGCUGGACAUUGUUUGCAGUAGUUGAUGACUCAUUGUUCGCCAUAUCAAUGCGCUGCGACAGAAGGAAAUUGAUGAAAUUACCAAACAAUUCUUGCGCAAUUGCCGCAGUUUACCCCAACAAGAUGGUUUUCGUUACUACAGUUCCACAACUAGCCGUAAUCCGCGAAGAAAGGCCAGUUUGCUUAGACUGUAUCGCUGAUAUCCCAUCAAAUGUUGACAGGGAAAUGUUUUCCAGAUUUUUGCGCUUUGUUCCUAAGAAUCCAAUCGAUCCUCUUCUCCUUAAGUCCGCUCCUCCUUUAAUUGCUGUUUCAGCUCUUAAGCAUUGCACUCCAGGAGUCAUUGACGGCUUUGUUUGCGACAUUUACGCAAAGUUCGGACUUCUCCAGGACUUGUUACAGUACUGCAAGACCGAGGAUGAGCUCAAAAUCCUUUCUUUACGCGCAAGAAAGUUCGGCCAAUUUGAAUUAUUAGCGCAAUGUCUCGAUAAAAUGAAUGAUGGUUCUGCUCUAUUGGAAUUAUACAUCAUUCUCAGAUCCGUGGACAAUCUCCGAUCCAUUGUUGGCAAAUAUCCAACAUUAUUACCUUGCAUCAAAUUAUUAGGCAUAGAACCAUCACCAAACUCCGAACGUGUCCCAUUACCAAAUCUCCCGUUACCUCCUUGCAAGGUUCCGGUCCAUUCCACAGAAGAUUUCACUCUCUACAUCGGAACAAUGGAGGAUGAAGUCCAAAUUUACCCUUCAUCAUUCGACGAACUGGUCAAUUUCGGCAGGAGAGUUCACGUUCUCACUGGCAGCGAAGCAGAAACUGCGAAUGCCACUCUUUCAGCUUCUGUCGCCCAGGAAGAAGAGAAAGAACAAGAAGUCGAAGACGAAAACGUCGAAAUCAAAGAGAAACCGAAAGAAGAUCCAGAAAAAGAUAUCACGAAACUGUCUUUGUCAGCUUAUUUCCAAGACGACGAACCGAAAUCGAAUGGACCACUCAUGGACAUCAAAAUCAACACAGAAGCAGCACCGAAACCAACUGGUCCAAAGAAGCCAAUACAGAUCGGUUUCAAGCUGAAUGUUGCUGGUGCUCCAACGACAAGGAGAAGGUCUGGAACAACAAGAAACAGACUCUCGGAUUCGUUCGAUCCAAAUGCUGUAUUUGGAGAGAUAAACAGCGAACCAAAGAAGGCAAUGAUCGCUGUUCAUGGAGCUGUUGGACAGCCUCAACAACAACCACAAAUCACUGGAGAUAUGUUCAUGAGCGUCGAUCCAAUGGGACCUCCUCCUUCAAUUGGUCCGGCAGAAGACGGAGGAGAGAAAGCUGACGACAGGGCUACACAGUUACCAUUCCAGAGUUCUUUGUUCUUAGACCUUUAA